UGAUUGAUUUACCUCAGCUUCGCACAUCCUCCGUAUACAGAUCAAAGAUGUCUAACCCUCCUCACGGCCCCAACAACGUCCUCAAGGACCUCGUCGCUCGCGAUGCUCCCAUCCGCGCCCAGCUCACCGAGGAGUCUGCUUCCCUUCCCGACAUCAUCCUCACCGAGCGUCAGCUCUGUGAUUUGGAGUUGAUCAUCUGCGGUGGUUUCUCUCCUCUCGAGGGUUUCAUGAACCAGGCCGACUACGAUGGUGUCGUCGAGAACCUCCGUUUGGCUGACGGUACCCUUUUCUCCAUGCCCAUUACCCUCGACGUUUCCCAGGCCCAGAUUGACCAGCUCCAGCUCGCUCCCGGCAAGCGCGUUACCCUCCGCGAUCUUCGUGAUGAUGCUCCUUUGGCCAUCUUGACCAUCGACGACAUCUACAAGCCCAACAAGGAGAACGAGGCCGUCAAGGUUUUCGGUGCCAACGACUUUGCUCACCCCGCCGUUACCUACCUCCACAACUCCACCGGCGAGUUCUACGUCGGUGGAAAGGUCCAGGCCGUUAACCCCCCCUCCCACCACGACUACGUCGAGUCCCGUUACACCCCCGCCGAGCUCCGCGCUCACUUCGCCAAGCUCCACUGGCAGCGCGUGGUCGCUUUCCAGACCCGUAACCCCAUGCACCGUGCUCACCGUGAGCUUACCGUCCGUGCCGCCCGUCAGCGCCAGGCUAACGUCCUCAUCCACCCCGUCGUCGGUCUUACCAAGCCUGGAGACAUUGACCACUACACCCGUGUCCGUGUCUACAAGGCCCUCAUGCCCCGUUACCCUAACGGCAUGGCCGUUCUUGCCCUCCUCCCCCUCGCUAUGCGUAUGGCUGGUCCCCGUGAGGCUGUCUGGCACGCCAUCAUCCGUAAGAACUACGGUGCCACCCACUUCAUCGUCGGUCGUGACCACGCCGGUCCCGGUAAGAACUCCCAGGGUCAGGACUUCUACGGUCCUUACGACGCCCAGGACCUCGUCGAGAAAUACCGUGACGAGCUCGGUAUUGAGGUCGUUCCUUUCUUGCAGAUGACUUACCUUCCCGAGAAGGAUGAGUACAUGCCCAAGGACCAGGUUCCCGCCGGUGUGCAGACCCUCGAUAUCUCCGGUACUGAGCUCCGUCGCCGUCUCCGUAACGGUCUUCCCAUCCCCGAGUGGUUCUCCUACCCCGAGGUUGUCCGCGUGCUCCGCGAGUCCCACCCUCCCCGCAACCAGCAGGGUUUUACCAUCAUGUUGACCGGACACCACAACUCUGGCAAGGACACCAUCGCUCGUGCCCUCCAGGUCUCCCUUAACCAGCAGGCCGGUCGUUCCGUCACCCUUCUCCUGGGUGAGACCGUCCGUCACGAGCUCUCUGCCGAACUCGGUUUCUCCCGUGAGGACCGCUACAAGAACGUCCAGCGUAUCGCGUUCGUCGCUUCCGAGCUUACCCGCGCCGGUGCCGCUGUCGUCGCCUCCCCCACCGCUCCCUUCGACGACUCCCGCAAGACUGCUCGCGCUACCGUCGAGGCUUCUGGUUCUUUCUAUUUGAUCCACGUUGCUACUCCUCUCGAGUACUGUGAGAAGACUGACCGUCGUGGUUUGUACAAGCGUGCUCGCGCUGGAGAGAUUAAGGGUUUCACUGGUGUUGACCAGGCUUACGAGGCCCCUGCUGAUGCUCAGUUGGUUGUUGACAUGAGCAAGCUGGAUGUUCACUCUGCUGUUCACCAGAUUUUGUUGUUGUUGGAGUCUGACGGUCUCCUUGCUCUUUAA